UACCGCCUGUUGUACCUUCAGACUGUAGUACACAGAUUGCAACACCGCUCUGCACGGCUGGAAGUGCUGCGGGUUUCUAUCCACGACAACACAGGCAAUACCGAGAUCCUUGCAAACCAAAGGGUUGAUUAUUGAAUACGUUUUUUAUCAGUUUAUCGUCAUGGACAUGGUUACUAAGGAGACAUGAAGACGUGACAUUGGGGGAAACGUGAGCAGGCCGGGGAAGGAGCAUCGGGAUUUCCUGACUCCAGCCGACCGCUAGCUGUUGUGGAGAGUCGGGCUUAAAUUCACGAAAUGUCACAAACGCGGACAAAACAAUGAUGUGGAGGACAGCAGAAUUUAUGAAAUUGUCUACAGUAAUUAAACGCAGAGUUUGAGGAAGUGAAAAUACGAAACCAAAGCUUGGGGAGUAGAAUUAGCAUUUUAGCUUGCUGUGCUACCUCCGGCAGCAGCAGCAGUGAGUGGCCGUCUGUGCGGGGCUGGCUAGCGGCUUGUGUUCGGUGGAGAGGAGCAGCUCGCCGGUGCCCUGAAUUCAAGAGGAGUCCCCGGCUCCGGCCCCCUCAAACGGGCAGUCAGGAAGAAGCUGGCUGGGAGGGGAUGGCCUGGUCGGUCCUCCCGUUCCCAAGGACAAGGCUCUGCGGUGUUUGAAGGAGGUCGAGUUCGACUGGAGGCCACCACCGCGGGUCGAGGCGUCAUGAUGGCCGGGUCCCCCUCCAUGGCCGGCGGCUUCACGGCCACCGGACCGUCGGUCAGAAAGAGCGAGGAAAUAAUGGAUUUGAUAGAUUUGUUUUCGAAGAUGCAGUACAGAGCGAAGGAGUUCACUCCACGGGUGGAGGCGAUAGAGAAGCGUUGUCUGGAGUUAUUUGCAAGAGACUACAAGUACAGCAUCAUCCACAACGCCAACGGAGAAGUGUGUGGCCAUUAUCCCCGGCAGAUAGUUUUUCUGGAGUACGAAUGCACGGAGGCCGAGAGAGACAGGUUUGAGAGCACAGUGCAGAUCACUAAGCUGCAGGAUCUGGUGAACAGGAGUAAGCUGGCUCGCUGCAGAGGGAGGUUCGUCUGUCCCGUCAUCCUCUACAAUGGCAAGCACAUUUGCCGGUCGUCCACUCUGGCUGGAUGGGGAGAGCUGUAUGGACGCACAGGAUACAACUACAUCUUCUCAGGGGGCACUGAUGACACGUGGACGGAGUCUGAGGAGGUUCCAGAGGAUGACAGUGCUGCCAGGAACGGGGACUCCCAGCUCUUCGACAAGGUCCGGGGUCACGACAUUAAGCUGCUACGUUACCUCUCGGUUCGCUACAUCUGUGACCUGAUGGUGGAGAACAAGAAGGUUAAGUUUGGCCUAAAUGUGACGUCCUCUGAGAAGGCGGACAAGGCCCAACGUUACGCAGACUUCACCUUGCUCUCUGUGCCUUAUCCAGGGUGUGAGUUUUUUAAAGACUACAAAGACAGAGACUACACAGCAGAGGGUCUGGUGUUCAACUGGAAUCAGGACUAUGUGGAUGCUCCUUUGACAAUCCCUUUGUGCUUUACUCAGAACUUGAACAUUGACUGGACUCGAUACCAGUCGUGGGACCUGGUGGAACAGACCCAGAACUAUUUGAAGCUGCUGCUCCACAUCAUCAACAGUGAUGAUGAGAGCGGCCUCCUGGUGCACUGCAUAUCAGGCUGGGAUCGGACGCCUCUUUUUGUGUCCCUCCUCAGGCUCUCUCUUUGGGCAGACGGAGCCGUGCACGCCAGCCUGGAGCCAGCGGAGAUCCUGUAUCUAACCAUCGCUUACGACUGGUUCCUCUUCGGUCACAUGCUGCCAGAUCGACUCUCCAAAGGGGAGGAGAUUUUCUUUUUUUGCUUCAAUUUUUUGAAGCACAUUGUCUCAGAGAAGUUCUCUGCUGUAAAGAAACAGAGAAGGAAGAACUCCCACAUCAAAGAAAGUGAUUUCACUGUGGAAGACCUCUGCCAGUUAAAGACGAGGGAUCGUGGCAGUGUGACCAGUCUGAGCAGCGAGUUUUCCCUCAUCACCGAGGAGGCGGGCGGCGCCUCCAGCCUCACCAACGACACUGUGGACCUGUUCUCCAGCCAACCCCAGGCCAGCUGGAGAAAAGGCCCCGCCUCCUCUCCUCAGAUGGUUGUUUGGAAUAAACAGAACCCUUUGGAAGAGCACCUCUCCCAUCCGCUCAGCGAGGCCAGGUCUUCCAGCUCCUCGUCCUCCAACCAAUCAGAACACGGCGUCGCUCGCACUGGCAGCAGCCCAUUGGCUGUCCCCGGGAGAAGGUUAGCAGCAGACUACGCUCGGUCAGGGUCCUCCCUCUCUACAGAGUACGGGAGUUGGCAGAUAGUUUCUGGUUGUGGCAGCAUCCACGACCACGCUCAUUUCCCUCCACCUCUGGCCUCGGCCUCCUCCACGUCGUCCGCUGUCGCUGCUGCCUACGACUCCCCCCUGCCCUUCAGUUUUCAGGAUGAAGGACCCAGUGGACGAAUGUGUCCCUUCCCCUCUGAGCGUCAGGCCCGUCUGGAGGCCGUGCGGGAAGUCUUCCUGGCAGCCUACAGCUCCACCGUGGGCCUCAAGUCCUCCGCCCCCAGCCCCUCCGGCGCCAUCACCGGCCUGCUGGAGCAGUUCGCCCGCGGGGUGGGCCUCCGGGGCACCAACGCCAUCGUCUGAGACCGCCCGACGUGACUUCAGACCUUCCUCCUGCUUCCAUCCAUCAACAUGUCUAGACUCAGUACAAUAAAGUGCCAAACAUCUCUGUUCACGUCAGGGGGGUGAAGCAUUACUUUAUCUUUUCUUGAAAUUCCCUUGAUUUUGUUUUGAAAUCAUACAUGCCCCGGAUUAAUGAUUUAUUUUGUUUGUGCUUCAGCAGCUUUUUCUCUGGACUUUUAAUCUUCGAUAAUGAGCUUCAUCUGUUGGGGGAGGGGUAACGGUUUCAGCCACGGUAUCAAAAAGGGAUCGUUAAAUGUAAAAAAAAGGCUGAGCGCUUGAGAUUUGUUCCUCUCACAAGGCAGAACAUAAAGAAGUCCUCCGUUCUUCCUUCAGCUUUUUGUUCAUUUUUUUAAAAAAAUUGUAAAAGAUUUCUUGCAGCGACCGUCCCAUGUACAGGUGAUAGUUUAUUAUUAUUUUUUCUCUCUUUUGUUUUUGUGCUGCUAUUCUUUAUCGAUCCCAGCAGAGGGAAGCGCUUUUGUUCGUAUAGAUUCUGUUCACUCAGUGAAGCAGUGACAUGAAUCCUCGACGACACUGUUCAGCAGUCGUCAAAAAUAAUAUCAAGUUUGAUCUAUUGGAGUCGGUGCUCGUGUUUCGUCAGGUCAGAAUCAACGACCCCGUAUACUCUGCAGCAUGAUUAUGAAUUUCCGACCUGGAUGUAUCCCUCUCUCUGACACAAAAAUACUCAAAUGUCAGGCAUCAAAAUGUGCUUGUUAAGUUUCUUUAAUUAAGAUAAAGAUCUUGUUUUUAGAGACUUCACAAGUACCCGUACUUGUCAGGUGAAAAUUGUUUUUUUUUUGGGUGUAAUGAGAGAGCUCUGACUGGAAAUUAGACAAACACCUCUGCUAAAGAUUUGAGUUUCUGCAGCGCUGUUCUGACUCAGUCCAAAGACAAACGGUGUUCACACCUGUUCUGAAACAUCACACCUGCAGGCUAGAAGAGACAGCUGUCACAGAGGAGGGACGAGGGCCCACGUUCAAGAAGACAUGAGCGUGCACACUGCCGCAAGAGGAGUUUAGGUCCUGGCUUUUAUCUCACCUGCAAGCAUGUCGUCUUCCCCGUGUUUGGUCUGCUGAUCGUAGUCAGAGAGUUGCAGAAUUUGGUGCAAUUCAGAUUUAAAUUUUGAAGAAAGAGAGAGCGGGUUUCAUGCCUCGUUGAUGAACCAAUAAGCACUUGUUUUUCCGUGAUGAGUGAUGAGAAAAAGGUGCAUCAGAGAGGAAAAGUUGACCCUCUUUCUUACAGUGUAGUUUAUAAAAAGUGAGCACCCCACAGCCAGUCGAUGCUAUUUUAAGAAAUCAAAGAUCUUCUCCGUGAACGGGAUCAUUUCAAGUUAAAAGAGACGAGGACUCUGCUAAAUCGCUUCACACAGCACACUUUAUGAAAUGUUACUCCAGCAGCAGGACGGUGACAAGAAAAGUAUCCGAGCAAUGAUCUCAUAAGAAAUCAUUCUGCAUUCACAGGAUUCACGCAGACGUGAAGGCGUCGAGCUUAACAUUACGCCCCUACUCUUUUUCAUGGACAAACAUGAGCGAAGGAUACACCCAAGUGCAGCUCGUCUUCCACUCUGUAAAUAAUCUUCAAAUCCUCUCAUGGAUUCAUUUUCUAACAGGCAGCUUGAUGACAAAGCAACACGCAUUACUAACAACAGACACAAUACUUAUUUAUUGAAUUGAUAGCAGUUGAUUCUUCACACUCAAUACAUCUCCACCACAGCUCCCAGCCAGCCUUUCAGUCAGACUAUUUAUUUUUAGUUUCCACUCGCUGUUAUCAGUGCGAGCUCUACGUCUGCCUGAAUCAUCGUGAAUGCAGAAUCUCAGUCGUCUUUAUCGCCCUGGUUUAUUAUUUUUUUUAAUACAUUUUCUCUGUUAUAACUCAAGUGAAUACUCCUCCUUCAGUAGCACUGACACGGUAGCACACGAGGCGCUGAGCGUUGUGGUAGCAAGUUUAUAAAACCGAUGCGUCUUCGAUCUUCUUUUUCUCGUUUUGAAGAGAAGAGUCUGAUUCUCUGAUUCUCUGAUUCUCUGAUUCUCGGCCUCGGCUCAGAUUUCCCCACCCAGCUGCAGACAGACGUUUUCUUACCUGGGCUACUUUCGACGUCGUUUUGUUCUGGAGGGAUGUGAUUUGAACUGAACUUGUCGGUGUUGCCAGCUGCUGUACCUCAGGACCUUUUUUGUUGUUGUUGUGCCUUUUUUGAUUGAGCAACACUGAAUCGGAUCUGCACCUGUUCUGGGUCCGGGUUUGAAGAGUUUCGGGUGUUUGCAGCUGGUUGCUUUUUGGAAGUUUGGGGGGGGGGGGGGGGGGCUGUAGAGCAUUAUCAGCGUUAACUUUUUGCAAUAAGUCUCGUUAAGGUUUCUGCUUUAAUCGUUCACCUGGUUGCAGGAUUUGAGCCUUUUACUUUGUUGCACAGUAGCUUGAAGCUGUGAGGUCUCAUGGACGACCCUGACGAGGGGAAACAUCAGUCAGUGGACACGUUUUCAUCCACACUCAGAGUUACAGAAAAUGUUGUUACCUCUGUCGCCCCAUGUGUUUUACCGGUUAAAACUUUAGGAUUUGUUAUCGAUAUCAUGUCUGCAUUCAGUUUGGUGCUUUUGCAAGGACGUUUUUGCUAACAUGGGCAUCAAGACCUCAGGAAGAAACGGCUAGCUUAGCUUUCUUUAAAAGUCAAAACACAAUGCAAACCAACCUGUUUGAAAUCUCUUGAUUCCACUUUGUUCAAAACAUAUAUUUAAAAAAGGUCAGUUUGACAUAAUUGGGAAGUUAUGUAGUGAAACUUUAAAUAAAACAACGGGCCUUUAAACUGAAAAGGACAGUUUAAGGCCCCGUGUCCACCUAGCGUCUUUCUUGAGCUGGCUGUGCGCUCAGUAGCACUUGCAUGAAGCGUUCAUGUGCUGAGAAGAAAAGCACUGCACGUCCCGUCGCUAUGACAACAGAUUGUUGACAACAGCCGCUGCAUGACCGACACGGCUCCGUUACCUUUUAACUGUAUGUUUUUUUAUAUCCUACACGGUUUAUUUCCCGAUCAGACGCGGAGCAAAGAGGAUGUUGAUACAGGACACGAUCCGUAGGCGGCUAAAAUACGGGGACUAUCACACAUUUUGAAAAGAGCGCCGGUGACGUCAACAGCACUUUUCUUAAAGUUGAACUUGAGCGCUCGGAGCCGCAGCACAAAACAGGCAAAAAGAGACGCUGGGCCCUUGAUUUUUUUUUCUCCAGGCGGCCGCUUUCUGCUGUGAACGCUCUCUACUCAUUGAAAACAACAGAAAUAAGAUGCUUGCGCUCAGAGAAAAAAAACCGCUAGGUGGAUACAGGGUCUAAGUUCGGGUUAAACCAAGAAGAAUCGUGUUGAUCGUUCAGUUUUCAGUUUGUGUUUGGUGGAUUUCGCAGGCGAGCUGCUCUCCCUUAGUCCAAGUCUUUUUGCUAAGCUAGGCUAACUACGUCCUGUUUUGAACUCUUCACGUACAGAUAUGAAGCCAGACUCCCAAGACUGAAUUUUUGAUUAAACACAUUUCUCUAAAUGUUUCUGUUCUCUUUCUGAGCUUUAAAAGAAGUUUCACUUUUGUAUGCCAGUUUAUUCAGACUUGUGGGCGUGGCCUCAUCUUCCUGUCAUGUCUUAAACUUUCUCUUUGUUUUCGUCUGUCCUGAGGAGGAUUUCUAAUAUCAAGCUGCUGAUCGGACGAUUCUCCCAAAACAGCAUUACUGUCGGUUUCAAGCUGCUAAGUUUGUCCUCAUCUUACGGUGCUUAAAGACUCUUAAUGAUUUCUUUCUCACUCAGUUUGUCACUUUUUUUUUUUUUUCACUCACUGGUUUUUUUUUUUGCAUGAAUUUGCAGUUUUAUCUCAACUGCAUCAUUUAAUGGUUUUAUUUGUUUUAUUUUUUUUAUGACAGAGUCUCUUAUGAAAAUGCUGCAUUGCACUCGUCCGGAUGUUCUCUGUGUAAAGAAUAUUCUUUGUACAGUUGAUGCAUUUUAAUUCAUUGAAACUUUUUUUUUUUUUUUUGUUUUCUUAAUUGUUGGCGGUCGGCAGGCUACAAAGUGAACCGAGCUGCAGGUGGCAAUUCUGAAUUAAAACAAAAAUGUGACUUGCUU